AAAUUGGGAAAAAGAGGAAACGCCAGAAAGUUACACAUUUUAAUGGCGGCGUAGCCUCCAAAUCCUAGCCGGUUUGCCUCCACUUCCCAUCUUUUCCUCGGGUGCAUCUUUUUGAGCUCUGCUGACGGAGAUCGUCGAAGAAUUUCAUUCGCACAACCUCUGUAAGCAAAGGCUCUCGGCGUCCUGAUUGCUCAUCUUAUCUCGCCAAUUUUGUGUCCGAUCAUCAAUUGGUUCUUCUGAUUCUCCUUUCUCACAUCGGGAUUGAGUUUUGUGUACCGUUUUUGGGCCUGAUCGGUCAUGUACUCUGUUCUACUAUCACAUAUUAUAAGAAAAUUAGACUAGGGUUUUAAGUGUUUUCUAUUUUCCUCCUAUUUUCUAGUUUCUAGUUUCUAUUGAUUGUAGCUUUGGGUUCCAUGUUAAUGGAUUUUCCCUUCCCAGUAUUGUAUUAUUGACGUUUAUAUGAUUACUAUCUUCUUAUUUAUUUUUUUUUCCUUUCUUGAUAUGAUUUUCUACGGGGAAAAGGUGUGAAAAAAAAGUAGAAAAGAAAGGGAAAAAAUUGGUAAAAAUUAUCAUCAAGCAAUACACUCUCGCCAUCCCCUUUUUUCGUAAUAAAAGAUCGAGCGAGAGAGGGAAAAAAACGAGACUGUAAAACUUGUGUGUUAUUUUCGAAUGGGGAGCCCUGCACUGAAUGGCCGGAAUAAUGGGCAGCGGUUAGGCAUUACUGACCCCAUUUCGUUGAGUGGACCGACGGAGGAUGACGUGAGAAAGACUCGCGAACUUGAAAAGUAUUUGCAAGAUGCUGGAUUGUACGAAAGUCAGGAGGAAGCCGUGAGUAGAGAGGAAGUUCUUGGAAGACUAGACCAGAUUGUGAAGAUUUGGGUUAAAGCAAUUAGUCGUGCAAAGGGGUUGAAUGAGCAACUGGUGCAAGAAGCAAAUGCUAAGAUUUUCACAUUUGGUUCAUAUCGUUUAGGGGUGCAUGGCCCUGGGGCAGACAUUGAUACACUCUGUGUGGGACCUAGGCAUGCAACACGUGAAGAAGACUUUUUUGGUGAGUUACAUAAAAUGCUGUCAGAGAUGCCUGAAGUAUCUGAGUUGCACCCUGUGCCUGAUGCUCAUGUCCCUGUCAUGAGAUUUAAGUUUGCCGGGGUUUCUAUUGAUCUUCUCUAUGCAAAAUUGUCACUUUGGGUUAUUCCUGAAGACUUGGAUGUAUCUCAGGACUCAAUACUACAGAAUGCAGAUGAACAGACCGUUCGUAGUUUAAAUGGUUGUCGAGUUACUGAUCGAAUUCUGCGAUUAGUUCCAAAUAUUCAGAGUUUCCGAACAACAUUGAGAUGCAUGAGGUUUUGGGCUAAACGCCGAGGUGUUUAUUCCAAUGUUUCUGGGUUCCUUGGUGGUAUAAACUGGGCAUUGCUCGUUGCUCGCAUAUGCCAACUAUUCCCCAAUGCAUUGCCAAAUAUGCUUGUGUACCGUUUUUUCAGGGUCUUCACCCAGUGGCGCUGGCCUAAUCCAGUCAUGCUGUGUAGUAAUGAAGAAGGAUCUCUUGGACUUCCAGUUUGGGAUCCUAGGAGAAAUCCAAAGGAUAGAUACCAUUUAAUGCCCAUCAUUACUCCUGCUUAUCCUUGCAUGAACUCUAGCUACAAUGUUUCUUCAAGCACCUUGCGUAUUAUGACUGAAGAAUUUCAGAGGGGACAUGACAUUUGUGAGGUUAUGGAAGAAAACAAGGCUGAUUGGGAUACGCUUUUUGAGCCUUACCCCUUCUUCGAAGCAUACAAAAAUUAUUUACAAAUAGACAUUACUGCUGAAAAUGCAGAUGAUCUAAGAAAGUGGAAAGGUUGGGUUGAAUCUCGUCUCCGCCAACUGACAUUGAAGAUUGAGAGACAUACGUAUAACAAGCUUCAGUGCCAUCCACAUCCAGGCGAUUUUUCUGAUAAAUCCAGACCUUUCCACCAUUGUUAUUUCAUGGGUUUGCAGCGAAAACAAGGAGUUCCUGCAAGUGGAGGUGAACAGUUUGAUAUGAGGUUGACAGUUGAAGAAUUUAAACAUUCUGUCAAUAUGUAUACACUGUGGAAGCCUGGGAUGGAGAUAUAUGUAUCACAUGUGAAAAAGAGGAAUAUACCAAAUUUUGUUUUCCCAGGUGGAGUCCGACCUUCGCGUGCAUCAAAAGUGACAUGGGAUAGCAGGCGUAGUUCAGAACUGAAAGCUUCUGACAGUGCUCAAGUAGACAGGCCAUUUGAAGUUGCAGAAAGUAUGGAUGGAGUAGAUGAUAGAAGGAAAAGAAUGCGUCUUGAUGAUAAUGUAAAUACUAACUCGAGAAAUGGAGAAUGCUUGGUUGUUGUUCAUUCCCACCCUGAGGAAGUUCACGAAGUCAGCCAAGUCAGCACCACUAGCUCAUGUUCCAUUAAGGAUUUGAAUUCUACUCCUACAAGUGCAAAUAACUUAGAAAAUCUGGCAGAUGUUUCCUCUCAGAAUAAUGGAGAUCAUGGAUCCAUGGAAGUUGAUCAUUCCACAAACAUUGUAUCUGCAGCUGCUGAUACAUCAAGCUGUAAAGCAGAGAAGCUGGCAAUUCAAAAGAUUCUGUCUGAUUCAUAUGACUCUCACCAAGCUUUGUCUAGUGAGCUAGAAGAGCUCGACGAUUUUGAUUAUAAAAAUCAAGCUAAAGAUUUUGGGGCCACUAAGCAAGGUAGCCCCUUGAUGUCUUCGGUUGCCAACACAUCUUCUGUGGUGCCUAUGACAUCUUGCAAUGAAGCACGCCAGUCCUCAAGUUCAUAUUCCAAUGGGGGCUUAGAGGAGCUUGAGCCUGCUGAGCUUGUGGCGCCAUCGUCAACGGGGACCGCUCCUGCACCUGUAGCUGCCCGAAAGCCAAUUAUCAGGUUGAGCUUCACUUCCUUGGGCAAAGCUGGUAAAAGCUCGUAAAGAAGGGUGUCGCCAAAAGCAGCUCGGGAGGGAAUUCUUCUAAUCUGUUAUGUACCAGGCAAUGUCUAGCCAAUCGAUUUUCUUUUCAUGGAACUCUUGACCCUUAAUAAUACAAAAAAUGAAAAAAAGAAGUCCCGAGUUUUUAUGUAAUAUGUAUAAUGGGCUUGAAGGCCCCUAUAUGCCAACAGUUCUACAUAUAUGUACUAGUCGGUGUAUGCCUUCUAUUUCUACCACGUUAAUGCAGAUGAUAGCUUAUAUUAUGUCUUCCAAA